AUGGCUGGAACCAAGAGCAAGAGGGGAUCCAGGGAACAGGCCCAGCUGGCUGCCGUCUCAGAGGCGCUCGCAAAGGGCACCGCCACCUCGUCCAAGCGCAAAUCGUUCGACGAUGACGGCGAAGACGGCAGCGCGCUCCAAGCCGAUACCUCGCCGGCCAAGGCGAUCCCACAGCAAGGUAGAAGCGAGGCCGAAGACGACGACGACGACGAGGAAGCUCCCGUCGAAGAGGUCAGCAACAAGUCGACCAAACGCAAGCUCGCAAACGAGGCAACCCAGAAGAAGGCUGAACAGAAGGCCGCCGAGGAGAAGCGCAAGAAGCAGGAGCAGGAGCGUCUGCAAAAGCGACAGCAGGAGGCCGAAGCGGCUGCACUCGCCGCCGAGAGGAAGCAGGCAAAGAAGGGCAGGGGCAAAAAGACGGCCGCGGCCGAGUUGGCAGAAGAGCAGCCGUCGGCGGGCAGCUCUCAGGUCGCUGACGACGAGCAGGAUGUGGACCGACCAGAUGACGGCCUCGAGUCGGAUGCAUUCGACAUCGAGGAGGACGAUCUCGAUGCCGACCUCGACGAGCCCACCGAUCUCGAGGACGAGGGCGAAGCGGAUGCUUCCUCGUCCGCCUCGACGGCAGCGGCGGGACCGUCUCGCCUCGACCCUUCGCUUUUCGCCAAGGUCUUUGCAAAGAAGACGCCGGCGGCCAAGUCGAUCCUUAAGCGCAAGGCCGCUGACCCAAUGACGGCCGAGAUGGAAGCCGAGGAGCGUCUGCGCCGCAAGAAGCUGCGCGCCAAGCGCCAGGGCGGCAUCGUCAAGGGCCGCGACGGCAUGCCGAUGCGCCGCCUCCCGGACGGCACCAUUGUGCGGUCCCUCUCUUCCCACGCACCGCUCGGCAAGAAAAAGACCAACUUUGACGACGACGAUGCCGCCGCCCAGGCCCAGGGCGAGGAGGAGGAGGAGGAGGAGGAUACGACGCCGUUGGACCCAGCGGUACGGCCUACGCCGCUCGAUCCGUCCGUCAGCCUGCCCAACGCAAAGAUCCGGGGCUACAAGAAGCGGAAGCUGGGCCUGUCCUCGACCAGGGACGCGGCCAAGGCGACGGCCACGGCUCCGGCGACGAAGAAGAAGAGCAAGAAGGCGGCGGGCAGCAGCGACGCGGCGACGAUACGCAGCGAGGACGACCCGCUGGGGCUCAACGACCCCGCCUUCCUGCCCGGUGGCGAAUUCUACAGGCCAAAGAAGCUGACGGGCGCCAGGCCCAAAAAGGGGCCCAGUCACGAGGGCGCUGGCAAGCCGGGCGCGCUCGCCAGGCAGGGCUACCGCGGUAGAGGCGGGAGGACGGAUGCGCUCAGUGCCAUCUCGGCGGGUCAGAGGGGCGGGCCGGCGCUCGGGUUCGCACGCAGCCUCGCCUGA